CCCAAACCCCAAACCCAAAUUUCAAUAAAAAAAAAUCCACCAUAGCUUCUUCAAAGCUGAAAUCUUUCAACAUUUCUUCUUCUUUUUCUUCUUCUUCUUCUUCUUCUUCCCAUCUUUUCACAAUUCCACUCUCACUCCAAAGCUGUAUAAGACACCCACCUUUCCCUCCCAAUUCGUUCCGUUUCCUCCCUUCUUCGAUGUUCUCCACGCCUUUCAUUCUCUCCUUUUCUCUUCUCCUUUCCCUCCCAAUCCUUUUCAUCCUCUUAGCCCCAACUUUCCAUCCCCAUCCUCUCCCUCCCAUCUCCGUCACCGACGAACUCGACGAUCUCCGUCUCUUCCACCGCGCCACUACGCCUUCCUCCGCCUCCUCCCACCUCUCCUCCUCUUCCUCUUCCCCCAAAAUCGCUUUCCUUUUCUUAACCAACACCGACCUCCAUUUCAUCCCUCUUUGGAACCGUUUCUUCCAAACGGCAAAAACUUCCCGUUACAACAUCUACGUCCACGCUGACCCCACCGUCAACAUAACUCACCCUACCGGCACCGUUUUCGAUGAACGUUUUAUCCCUAGCGCCAAGCGCACUUUCCGCGCUUCCGCGACUCUAAUCUCCGCCACCCGCCGCCUCCUCGCCACCGCCAUCCUCGACGAUCCCGCCAAUGCUUACUUCGCCGUCCUCUCCCAAUACUGCAUCCCUCUCCAUUCCUUCAAUUACAUCUACCGCUCCCUCUUCAUCUCCAUAAACUUCGAUCUCACCUCCAACUCAUCCGACUUAACUCAGUACGGUGUCCGAAUCAAGUACAAAUCGUUUGUCGAGAUCAUUUCCAAGGAACCCAGAUUGUGGAAACGGUACGUAGCGCGUGGCCGUUUCGUGAUGAUGCCGGAAGUGCCGUUCGAGGAGUUCAGAGUUGGAUCGCAGUUCUUUGUGUUGACUCGGAAACACGCGUUGUUGGUGGUAAAAGAUCGGACGCUUUGGAGGAAAUUUAAGUUACCUUGUUAUCGAGCCGACGAGUGUUACCCGGAAGAGCAUUAUUUUCCGACUUUGUUAUCAAUGCAAGAUCCAAAUGGAGUGACUCAUUAUACUUUAACUCGGGUUAAUUGGACUGGAACUGUUGCGGGUCACCCCUAUAUGUAUAAGCCGAAAGAAGUGUCAGCUAAUUUGAUUUAUGAGUUGAGGAAGUCGAAUUACUCUAGUUCUUACUUGUUUGCUAGGAAGUUCUCGCCGGAUUGUUUGAGACCCUUGAUGGGUAUUGCUGAUUCGGUCGUUUUUAGAGAUUGAGAUUGUUCCUGGUUAAAAGAGCUUUUAUUUUGGGAGGAACUAGCUUGGAGCAGAAUUUGAAGGGGAAUAUGGUUUUUGAAGGGCAUAAAGUGUCCACAACCAAGCAAACCCCAAAAGCUUCAACUUCUUUAGAAACAUAAAAGGGAUAAAAAAUUUGUUACUUCAAAAAAAAAGGCAGCAAAAGGCUAAAAGGCUGCUGCUUUUGUUAAAGAUGUAAUUUGAUGGUGUAACAGUAGCCAAUAGCAGCAUUAGAUUUUUGUCAUUUUCUUGUGUGAUUUGUACAUAUUAUGUAUGAAAUACAAUACAAUGAAAUUCGAUUUCUGUGUUCCUUUUUGCCAGGAAAAAAAGUGGCAAAGCAAUUUUGGGAAAAGAAAGUGAUGGGAUUGGAUUGAAGAGAAUGAAAGGC